GAGGGCAUUCUGAGUCUUUCACCAUGGAAGAGUUUCUUAAUCUCCGUCUGGGGAUCCUGCUCUGUCUGGGCCUCCAACUGGCCCAUGGGGGCAUGGAUGCUUGCUAUGAUGGGCAAGGGCACCCACAGCGUUGUCUGCCAACGUUUGAGAAUGCGGCAUUUGGCCGUCAUGUCCAAGUGACCAACACAUGUGGCACCCCACCCGAAGAGUACUGCCUCCAGAUGGGGGCCCCUGGAGACACUCAGCUGUGCCACCGUUGUGAUGCCAGCGACCCCGACCACCACCACAAUGCCUCCUACCUGACCGACUUCCACAGCCAGGAAGAGAGCACGUGGUGGCAGAGCCAGUCCAUGGCCUUUGGGGUCCAGUACCCCAACUCAGUCAACAUCACCCUACAGCUGGGAAAAGCUUAUGAAAUCACCUAUGUGAGGCUGAAGUUCCACACCAGCCGUCCUGAGAGCUUCGCCAUCUACAAACGCAGCCGGGCCGGGGGUCCCUGGGUGCCAUACCAGUACUACAGUGCUUCCUGCGAGAAGACGUACGGCAAGCGGGAGGGCCAGUACUUGCGGCCCGGGGAGGACGAGAGGGUGGCCUUCUGCACCGAGGAGUUCAGCGACAUCUCUCCACUGAGUGGAGGCAAUGUAGCCUUUUCCACCCUGGAGGGCCGGCCCAGUGCCUACAGCUUUGAGGAAAGUCCCAUCCUUCAGGAAUGGGUAACCAGCACAGAACUGCUCAUCUCCCUGAACCGGCUCAAUACAUUUGGGGAUGACAUCUUUAAGGACCCCAAGGUGUUACAGUCCUACUAUUACGCCAUCACUGACUUCUCUGUUGGGGGCAGGUGUAAGUGUAAUGGGCAUGCUAGCGAAUGUGUCCUUGAUGAAGGAAACCAGCUGGUCUGCAGCUGCCAGCACAAUACCACAGGCACUGACUGUGAGAAGUGCCUACCCUUCUACCAAGACCGGCCCUGGGCGAGGGGCACAGCGGAGGCUGCCAAUGAAUGUCUGCCCUGCAAUUGCAGUGGCCUCUCUGAAGAAUGUUACUAUGACUGGGAGUUGUACCGAAGUACAGGGCAUGGUGGUCACUGCCAGAACUGCCGGGACCACACCACCGGACCCCACUGCGAGCAAUGCCAGGAGAACUUUUACCGCUGGGGCCAGCAGCAGCCGUGCCAGCCCUGUGACUGCCACCCGGCAGGAUCUCUUAGCCUACAGUGUGACAACUCGGGCACCUGUGAGUGUAAACCCAGUGUGACUGGCUGGAAGUGUGAUCACUGCCUGACAGGGUUCCAUUCUCUUAGUGAAGGUGGAUGCAGACCCUGUACCUGUAAUGCUGCUGGCAGCUUAGGACCUUGUGAUUCCCGAAACGGACGGUGCCCCUGCAAGGACAAAGUGGAAGGUUACUUAUGUGACAGAUGCCAACCUGGGACAUUUAACCUGCAGCCCCAUAAUCCUUCUGGUUGCACCAACUGCUUCUGUUAUGGACACUCCAUGGUGUGUGCAGCUUCCACCCAUUAUGGCAUACGCCACAUCAUCUCUGACUUCCACCAGGGGGCUGAGGGCUGGCAAGCCAGAGGUCCUGCAGGGAGAGAAGAGCCUGUACAGUGGAGCCAGAGUGGAAUCUUCCUGGAGCCAAAGGGCGAGGAGCUAUGGGACUUCAUUGCACCAGAGAAAUUCCUGGGAGACCAGCGCCUAAGCUAUGGACAGACCCUCUCUCUGACCUUCCGGUUAGCACCUGGGAGCUCUCUCUUCCCUGUCUGGCUGAAAUUGGAAGGGGCAGGACUGGCCCUGUCUCUGAAACCCACCAGCCCAGUGAGUACCCAACAGCCUGGACAGCCUGAAGAACACCUGUUGGUGUUCAGCUUGCAGGAGACCUCGGAGGACACAAAGCUCCCACUCCCUGCCUUUCACUUCCAGAGGCUCUUGGCCAACCUGACGGCACUCCAGAUCCAGGUCGAAGGUUCCAGAGACAGACACUCCAAAGGUCGAAUGACCCUGACUAACGUCCAGCUCACUUCAGCAGGCCCUGGUCUAUCCCCUGUAGCCCCUUGGGUAGAGGUGUGCACAUGUCCCAAGGGGUACAUGGGACAGUUCUGUGAAUCCUGCUCUCCAGGGUACAAGAGGGAGACACCACUGAGCGGGCCCUAUGCCAAUUGUGUUCCCUGCACCUGUAACCAACAUGGCAACUGUGACCCUGAAACAGGGAUCUGUCGGUGCCAGCACCAUACAGAAGGACCCUCCUGUGAGCGCUGCACAUCCGGCUUCUACGGCAACCCCUUUCUGGGUCAAGAGGACGACUGUAAGCCCUGUCCCUGUCCUGGUCAAUCAGCAUGCACAACCAUCCCAGAGAGCAGGGAGGUGGUGUGUACUCAUUGCCCAAAGGGCCAGAGAGGACGUCUGUGUGAGAUAUGUGAUGAUGGCUUUUUUGGGGACCCCUUGGGAAAAUCUGGCCCUUCCCGGCCCUGCCAGCGAUGCCAGUGCAAUGGGAAUGUGGACCCCAAUGCUGUGGGCAACUGUGACCCCACAACAGGCCACUGUCUGCGCUGUCUAUACAACACGACAGGUGCCCACUGUGAGCAGUGCCAGGAGGGUUUCUACGGGAGUGCCCUGGCCCUGCACCCUGUAGACAAAUGCACUCCCUGCAACUGCAACCUAUCAGGCUCAGCCAGAGAACAGGGGGCCUGUGACCCUGUGACAGGCCAGUGUUCCUGCCUCCCCCACGUGACUGGACGAGACUGCAGUCGCUGCAGUCCUGGUUUCUUUGAUCUCCAGCCAGAGAGGGGCUGCCGGAGUUGCAAGUGCCAUCCUGUAGGUUCCCGGGAGAACCAGUGCCACCCUGUAACUGGGCAGUGCCCUUGCCUUCUUGGGGUCGGCGGAGUGGCAUGCGACCGCUGCCAACCUGAUUUCUUCGGCUUCUCAGCCAAGGGCUGCCGAGCCUGUAACUGUUCCCCACUGGGCUCUGUCACCACCCAAUGCCAUGAGAACAGCACCUGUGUGUGUAAGCUGGGCUUCGUGGGCUAUAAAUGUGAUCGCUGCAAGGAGAACUUUUUCCUCACUGCUGAGGGCUCUCAGUGCCAGGAGUGCCCAAUUUGCUUCUCCCUAGUGAAGAAAGAGGCCACCAAACUCAAGGCCAAGCUGACGGUGAUGGAGCAGUGGCUGCAGAAGUCUGACUGCGACAGCCCCUGGAGGAAUUACAUCUUGCAGGGAGAGUCACCAAGAGGCGACACCUACCAAGGUCAUCAUCUGCUUCAAGACACCAGGGAAGCCUUCCUGGAGCAAAUGGGAGAGUUAGAGAGUUCCAUGAGAGCUGCCCGGCAUCAGCUGAGGUUAGUGACCAAGAGUGUCCACUGCCCCAGGAGGAGUUUGGAGAAGACCUGCAUCCAACUGGUGGACAUCGAGGCUCUGCUGCUAGCGACAGAACUGGAGAUGCAGCAGGCAUCGGGAGCCCUCAAAACAAUGGUGAUCCUUCCUGAGGUGCCCAAUCAGCUCACCAACUGGAGUCAUUUAGCCUCUGAGUCUCAGGCCCUGGCCAAGAGUCAUAGAGAAACAGCCACCAAGAUAGAGGUAGCAGCACAGAGGGCCCUCCUUGCUUCCAAUACCAGUUAUACUCUUCUGUGGAGUCUUGUGGAAGGCACGGAUGCACAGAACAUACAGCGUGAGCUGGAGGACAGGUAUCAGGAGGUGCAGAGGGCCCAGGAGGAGCUAAGAACAUCCACAGCCCAGGCAGCCACAGAAGGCAAGAGUGUGCUGGCAUCUGUUCAACACAUCAGCUCUGAGGGGGCUCAGCACCUGGCGAAGCUCGCCACCCCUGAGAUACUGCCUCUCGCACAUCUUGCCAGGGACCUGGACAGAAAGCUACAGGCUCUAGAGAAGACGGUGGAUGCUAGGGAGCACACGUUCACCAAAGCAGCCCAGGAUCUAUUGGCCACUUCCCAGGAGGAACUCCAGAAGAUCCAGCCCUUUGAGCAGCUGCAUGACCGGGCUGACACCGCACUCACCCUGGCUACCUCAUCCAUCGCAGAAGCCAGAGUUGCAGUCAGUGAUUCCAAGACUUUGCUGACGGAUCUGGAAGAAAUGAGGAAAACAUUUCCACAGCCAAAGGAUCAGGCAGCUCUAAGGAAAAAGGCAAGGAUCAUCCAAGACAGACUCAUUGGUGACACCCAGAAGAAGACUAAGCAGGCAGAAAGGAUGCUGGGAAAUGCUGCUUCAGUUUCUGCCACAGCUAAAAAGAAGGCCAAGGAAGCUGAGCUAUUGGCUAAAGAGAGUACAAAGCAUUCCAAGGCCUUGCUGAGGGAAAGUAAACAGGAAUACCGACAGGCCGUCAAGCUUGCCAACCAAGCACAAGGAACCCUCCGAGACAUCUCCAGACAGGUGAUGGUGUCCAAAGAACGAAGAAGGGAGAUGGAGAAAGUUGAGUGGGUAGGGACUGGGUUGAGCAAGGUGGAAAAAAAAAUAAGGGAAGCCCGAAUCUCCCUGGAGAUGGACAUCAAGACCUUGUCUGUCCUGCUUACCAGAUUGGGAAAGCUGGACACCCACCAAGCACUAGCCUCAGCCCUGAAUGAGACAGAGCAGAAACUGGAGCCACUGAGGCAGCGCUUGGAUGGACAGGGACCCCUGCAGGGGAAACUGAGCCUGCUACAGCAGGAGGCAGAACAGCAAGAGCUCCAGAUCCAAGACUUGGACAGUGACCUCAAGGAGAUCCAGGCAGACAAACAGAACCUGGAGGACAUUCUGCGCAGCCUGCCCGAGGGUUGUGCCAACUGGCAGUGAGAAGCCAACCUAAGCCCCUAUGCACACACACAUAUGCCUAUACCCCUGUGGGGACACAUAGACUCAUGUGCAUGCACACAGGCGCACCUGGGUGUGGGGACAUAUUCAAGCCAACAUGUGGUCACACAAACGUGUAUAGGCACACAUAGCCAUGCCAACAUAUGUGAGCACACACCCACAUGUGUACAUACUUACCAUACCUUGUACCAGCACAUCAUUCAUUCAUGCCAAUGAGUGUCUCCCUAGCCACACUUCCAUUUGGGCACACAGAGGCACAGAGAAACAUGUUUAUACACCCAUGGCAAUAUGGAUAUGGGCACCCUUCCACCUAUAUGCACUUACCCUAUCCUACUGAGUAUGUUCACACCCAUGCCACUGUGUGUGUAUAUGUACAUUUCUGUAUACACGAUAACCAGAGCCAACGUGUGCUUAUAUAAAUAACCACCUUUGUACACGUUCCUAUUACAUAAAUAAUAUUCCCUAUUCUUUCCUCCCUCUAACAGCUCAUGUAUACAUGAGCAUGUGUGCUUGUGCUCCUUCCCAUGUGCUCACACUCGUACCAAUGUGUGCACAUCCAUCCACAGGAUACAUCCCCACAGACAGACCUCUCACCAUGUUAUUGAGUAUAGGCACAUACCCCACUCAUAUACAGGGAUCCAUUCGUGGUGCCAGGUAAGCUGUGUAGUCCCUUUGCUUGCCAGCCUACAUGUUCCCAUGUAUAAUUACCAGCUCCCAAGAGCCCAGGGAUGAGUUGACAGAAAUUUUGCCUCCCUUGGGCUAGGAGGACCAGCAGAUGCUGCUGAUCAUCACUGGUGGAACAGGAUAGAUUGGGCUACAGUAUUUAGAGGGAUAUCUGUGUUCCCCAACCUUUCCCCUUUCCCAUUCUUCAGCCCCUGGCUCUCUAGCUCUCACCCAUAUUAGGAUCAGUAUCUCCUCCAUCCCAACACACACCCAUUUCACAGACUGGGAAACCAAGUAGACACAUGGGGUUUCUCGGUGAUAGAACUUUAAAUCAAAGGACUCCUGAGUCCACUGCUUGACCAGUUAGGCAGAUCUGCAGGGUCUUGUCUCUCUCUCUCCCUCUUAAUGUCUUGUCUCUGUCUUUCUACUAACUUACUCUGGUGCUUAAUAACUGUUUCUUGGAAUUAAUUCCAGUCUCCUAAGGAAUUCUCCCCUGAUAGCCCUUUCCAUUGCACUGAGGCCCUCUUACUAUGUGAUGCCACAUGGAAUUCAUCUUUAAAUUGCCUGCACCUUGGAGGGAAGGAGACUGCAGGUCUGGGUCAGAGGGCAGAUAGGAGCACAGAUAUUUCUGUCAGCUGGAGUGAUUCUGACUCAGCAGCUCAGCUUCCUGUUGGACUUUAUUAGCCAUCCUCCACAGCCCACACAGGGAAGCAACGGAAGGAAUGGAGUCCAUGCCUGAGCUCAGAAGGCCAAAAGGCUGACUUGUGCAUCCCCUCAACCUAGGGGAGAUCUCACUGCUCUAACUCAUCUACUCAGGUGCUUGCUCCUUUCCUCUGACCUCCAGGCUUAGAAUAGAUAAUGGCAGGGAUGCAGGAAGGGUGGGAGGGGGAGGGGAGAACAGGAGAGGGGGGUGGCGCUGAAAGGGGGAACAGAAAGGAGGGAUUCUGGUUCAUGGGGUAGGAAAGAGCAGAGAUGGCCAGUCUGAGCACCUCUCCAAAUGCUGCCGCCUCCCUCCCUCCUCCUCACACCAAUCCACUGCACAGCAUUCCUGCCUAUAAGCAGGGUUGUGGAGUGAAGGAUCCCCAGACCCCCCAAAGGUUUUUCAAGUAGAAGGCAACACUGUAGAAUCUGGUCUGCAGACAGAGCAAUAACAGAAAGCCCUUCUGUUUAAUCUAGAAAUAAAAGGCCUUAGAA